AGAGGAGUGUAGCCCAGGUGGGUGGGGACCGCAUCUCCUCUCCCGCCCUGUGUAGGAGGGGCCCGGGCACUCGGUAAUGAUUGCUGCUGGGCCAUGGCAGCGGAGUGACAGGAGAGCAGCGCUGCAGGGUAGCUGCUAGCCGCGGGACAGGGACGGGGUCCAGCGGCUGCAGGCGGCUCACACACAAGCUGCUGCCCCCGCCCUUCUUACAGCUUCUCGCUGGGGGCGGCUGUUCUGUGAGAGUAUGAGGAGGACCCGGUGAGCGGCUGCGGCUCGUAGUCUGAAGUGCCCGGGCAGCUCUCCUACAGCUUCCCCAGCCAUGCUGGACUAUGACCAGGCGACCUCCUUCCUGGGGGACUGGGGACCCUUCCAGCUGACCAUCUUCUUCCUGCUCAGCGCCAGCACCAUACCCAAUGGCUUUAAUGGCAUGUCCGUGAUGUUCCUGGCUGCCACCCCCGAGCACCGGUGCCUGGUGCCCGACAAUGGCACCCUCAGCCUGGCCUGGAGGAAUGUCAGCAUCCCCUGGGAGGAGAGGGACGGGCAGCAGGUGGAGAGCAGGUGCUGGCGGUACAGGCUGGAGACCCUGAGGAACUACUCUGCCCUGGGGCUGGUGCCCGGGGUGGAUGUCAACGUGAGCGGUAUACAGAGGGAGAGAUGCCUGGAUGGCUGGGAGUACAGCAGGGACAUCUAUCACUCCACCGUUGUCACAGAGUGGAAUAUAGUCUGUGAAGAUGACUGGAAGGGGCCGCUAACAACGUCUUUGUUUUUUGCCGGUGUCCUUACGGGCUCGUUUAUUUCCGGACAACUCUCAGACAGCUUUGGCAGAAAGAAGAUCUUCUUUGCCACAAUGGCUGUGCAGACCGGCUUCAGCAUUGUGCAGGUGUUCUCAACCAGCUGGGAGAUGUUUGCUAUUCUCUUUCUUAUUGUUGGCAUGGGACAGAUCUCCAACUACGUUUCUGCCUUCAUAUUAGGAUCUGAAAUCCUUGGCAAGUCUGCUCGAAUCAUCUUCUCAACAUUAGGCAUUUGUAUAUUUUUUGCUAUUGGCUAUAUGAUUCUGCCUCUCUUUGCAUUUUUUCUCCGAGACUGGAGGACACUUCUACUAGCCCUAACUGUGCCCGGAUUGCUGUGUAUCCCUUUGUGGUGGAUUAUUCCAGAAUCUCCACAGUGGCUUAUCUCUCAGGGAAGAAUAGAAGAAGCAGAGGCCAUAAUAAGGAAAGCAGCAAAAUUUAAUAAGAUUUCAGCGCCGGCUGUCAUUUUUAAAACUGCUGAGCUGGAUGAUAAAGAAAACAGUAACAAACGCCACACUAUUAUUGAUCUAGUGAAGACCCGCAACAUACGGACAAUCACCAUACUUACAAUAUUGCUUUGGAUGAUUGUGUCCAUUGGGUAUUUUGGAGUUUCCUUGAACACCCCAAAUUUAAAUGGGGAUCCAUUUCUUAACUGUUUCCUUCUUGCCGCCAUUGAAGUUCCAUCAUAUAUCAUAGCAUGGCAGCUUCUUCGACUUGUACCCAGGCGCUAUUCAAUGUGCGCAACUAUGCUAUUAGGUGGAGUUGUGCUGCUUUUCAUCCAGCUGGUACCUGCAGAUCUCCAUAUCUUGUCAACUUUUCUGGUAAUGGUGGGGAAACUUGGCGUUACAGCAGCUUUUUCCAUGGCUUAUGUUUACACAGCUGAACUGUACCCCACAGUGAUCAGGAACAUGGGUGUGGGUGUUGGUUCUAUGUCUUCUCGAGUUGGAAGUGUUAUCUCUCCAUACUUUGUGUACCUCGGUGCUUAUAACAGGCUGCUCCCCUACAUUCUCAUGGGGAGCCUGACUGUAAUCAUUGGAGUCUUUGUGUUGUUGUUCCCAGAAACUUUUGGUAAACCUCUGCCUGAAACUAUGGACCAGACACCAAUCAUAAAAGGGCUGCGUUGCAAAAGGAAUUCCCAUAAAGAUUCUCGCGAAAAUCUAGAAGACAAAAAUGCCAUCAUUUUAAUGUCCUCAAAAUUUUGAUAAUAACUUUUCUUUUCCUUGUAGUUUUUCUGGUAUUGUCAUGUCUAUCUGAUCUGUGUACUAUGCAUCUUCAAACUUCUAGCCGCCAAAAAACAAAAACAAACAAGCCAUAAAACUUGAAUAAAACUUCAACAUUCCAACAAAUGUGGACAGCACUGAGAGUAGCUGGAGCCUCCCACAAACUGAGUGCCGGAGCAGGGAGCUGACGUGUUGUUGGCUGUCUAUGCCUUUAUCACCUUCCUAACACAAGAGUGAUAGAAAUCAAUGCUACAAUUUGUGUCACCAAGUGCCACAUCGUUUUCAAAGUUUGCAAAUUGUUUUUGAUUUGUAUUUUAAAUCUGGCAAUAAUUCUUUAUAUUAUACAGUGUCCUAGUCAACACACGGUAUUAAGAUUGAAUUUUAUUUUACUAGUGUGUCUAUUCCACUUUCUUUUUUUUUUUUACUUUUUAUAUUGUGAAUGGAAAACCAUGACACUUAAGGAACUUUAUUUACUGGCAUUUUUGUGCUACAGAAAUGUAGAUUUUAAAGGGGAUUUCUUAUGUAAAUAUAUAAAAUAUGACCAAUAAUCCAUUCUAUUAAUUUUACUAUUGCUACUGUGUUUGAUUGUAUAUAAGUACCUCUUUACAUGACAAGACGGCUGUUCUGCCAAG